UAUCGUUUUGACUGCUCUAGAUAUUCAUUUUGACGGUGACUGACGCUGCUCGCAUGCUACACCAUUUGUUUCAUUUUUUUUUUAUUUAGUCUACAAAUUGUCUUGAUUUGAUUUUCCUAGUUGGUUACUAAAUAUCUCAAAAUAUUUCCUGACAAUGAAUUAAUACCAAAACAUGCGGAUCGUAACGAUAAUGGCGGUGGCAUUAUCCCUAGCCGCGGCGCUAUGGGUGCGCCGCUGCGAGGGCGCUGGUCUCCGGGGCCUCGCCAGACCUGAUGAUGAAGAGGACUACAGGCCCCGGCCUCUUUAUAGGGACUACCGACUCAUGCACCGCAUCGCUCGCGCAGACGAUUCCUUCGACGACUAUGGCCAUUUGAGAUUCGGCCGCUCCGAAGACUGACCUCAUCAUAAACGACGUACACACAAGCCGCGUAAACUAUGUCAAAAUUAAUAUCCCACUGACACAUAUGUACUAAUAGUAAAGUAUUUACGGCUGGCGAGAUACUUUACUAACAAUUUUAGCAAUUAAAAUAGCUGUACCACAAUAAAUGUAAAUAUUUUCUGCUGG